AUGGUUGCUGGGCCGCAUCCUGAUACUGUUACUUAUACUACUCUGAUGGAUGCAUGUUGUAAGAUAAGGGAGAUGGCUAAGGCACAGAGUGUCUUGCGUGAGAUGCUCGAUAGAGAGCUUCAACCUACAGUUGUGACAUUCAAUGUGCUAAUGAAUGGAUUUUGUAUGUCAGGAAUGCUAGAAGAUGGUGAGAGGCUACUUAAGUGGAUGAUAGAGAAGGGUAUAGUGCCUAAUGCCGGCACUUAUAGUUCUCUCAUGAAGCAGUACUGCAUUAGAAAUAAUAUGCGUACUACAACUUAUAUGUAUAGGAGCAAGUGUGCUGGUUGGGUAAUGCCUGAUAACAACACCUACACCAUUUUAAUAAAAGGGCAUUUUAAGGCAAGGAAUAUGAAAGAGGCAUGGAAAUUUGCGGAGGCAAGGGAACUCUUUGAAGAGAUGCGGAGACCUGGUGUAGUUGCAGAUAGAGAAACAUACAGCAUUUUUGUUGAUAUGAACUAUGAAGAAGAAAUUGUCAGUUUUGGUUUCUCUGAACUUGCAUCUCGGGUAAUACCAUCAUGGGACCAAGAUAUGCAUAGUACUUGGGUAUCAGCAUUUGAUAUGAAUCGAAAGAUAGAUGAAGCUGGGCCUGUAGAGACUACACAUUCCAUAAACGUAUCCAAGGAAUCUCAAGAUGGUUGUUUUGUUCAAACGUUUAUCCGUUUGAAUUGCAUCACUGCUAAAAUGAUAAAAGAAGAUACACCAGGUACUACUCUCCCCAGUAAAGUUGGGUAUCCUCAUUCAAUGGUAGAGUUGGAGUUAGGUGUUAUGAGCAGAGAAGAUGCAGGGGCGCUUGCAUCCCAGAAAGAAACAACUGAAGCUACUGAUUUGGAGGACCAGCUCAAGACCAAGAGCCACUAA